AUACCCGUUUCAAGAGCUUUAUCACGACGUUAUACUAUUUACAAGACGUCAAGUGGAUUUUACAACAUGUCAGAAACAUUCUUACCCGUGUUCACCGCCCCGGAGAGCGAUGCGGUAGUGCAUGGUCGCGAGGCUUCCUCCACACCAGCAUCUCUAAUAGACUUCGACAGCGUGUCUGCUGGUUUCUGCACUGUAUUGCAUAUGCAUCAGCCCUCAAUCCCUUGUGGCAAAGACGGUACAGUUAUCAGUAAUCUGCAGUACAUGUUUGAGCAUCCAGAGGUACAAGAUGCGCAUAAUGCAGGUCCCUUCCUGGACUGUUACGGGCGUAUGGGCGACAUCAUACCUCGUCUAAUCCGCCAGGGCCACAAUCCACGUGUUAGUCUAGACUAUUCUGGCACGUUGUUGUGGGGCCUGCAGCAGAUGCACGCUACUAACAACGGCGUCUUCGACAAGCUGAAGCGCAUCGCCAACGAUCCCCAGUACAUUCCGCACGUAGAAUGGUUGGGUACCUUCUGGGCCCAUGCAGUUGCAGGUAGUGUUCCUGUCCCCGACAUUGAAAUGCAGAUUGUGAGUUGGAAGCACCACUUUGCAUCUAUAUUCGGUGCUGAGGCUAUGCAGCGUGUGAAAGGGUUCUCUCCACCGGAGAUGCAGCUACCUAACCAGCCUGACACGCUUUAUGAGCUGGUGAGGUCUUUAAACAAGCACGGAUACAAGUACAUGCUCGUGCAGGAGCACACGAUAGAGACCAUACCUGCCGAUGCGGACGACCAGGCCACUCAUAUACGCACGCCGCAUCUGCCACACGUGCUUGUGGCGCAGAACAGUGCUGGCGAGGAAGAGAGGAUUGUUGUUCUUGUCAAGACACAGGGCUCGGAUACUAAGCUAGUAGGCCAAAUGCAGCCGUACUAUGAGGCUAAGACCCUCUCUUGUAUGGAGGUCGGUGGGGUCUCGAUUCCGCCUCUGGUGACACAGAUCGCUGACGGGGAGAACGGUGGGGUAAUGAUGAAUGAGUUUCCGAGUGCCUUUGACAGAGCCUGGGAGGAUAUUCGAGACAACAAGGCUUACGUGGGAAUCAACGGCAGUGAGUAUCUACGCUACAUCUUUAGCAAGGGUGUGAGUAUGACCGAUCUGCCCCUGUGCCAGGCCAAAGGCCAGGCCAAGUUGUGGGCGUAUGUUGGGAAGAUCGGCAAGGAGAAAGUGCCUGACACUGAAUCACACGAGAGUGUAGAUGGCAGUAAGACCACGGAGGGUGCUACUACAGUCAGCGAGCAGAAAGGUGCCGCGACUGGUCUGUUAGGUUACGUGUCGGGUAUGAUCUGGGGCAACUCGGACGAACCAACUGGCACAGAUAGCGCGCAGCAGGAUACGCAAACGCCAGAUAUCAUCGAUGACGGUGGGGGACGGAAAACAGGGUCCAACCAGAGUAGUGCUAUUUAUAGCAGACACGGAUUGGAUUCAGGUCUGUCUGCCGAUGAGUGUCGGGAGGCAGUCACACAGGCCAUCAAGGCGCUGUCUGAGUCAGAUCAUGAGUUCCACAUGGAGGGUGCCAGCUGGACGAAUGAGCGCAGCUGGGUCAAUGGCUACCAGAAUGUGACAGGGCCAAUGCACGAGCUGAGUGCUAAGUUCCACUCUCGUGUGAGCGAGUUCAAUGCGGAGCAUGGAGAUGCGACUCUGGAGAAGGACGAGAGGUACCAGAUGGCUAUGUUGUAUGUGAUGCUCUUGCAAUGCAGCUGCUUCCGGUACUGGGGUCAGGGCGAUUGGCCAAACUAUGCGCGAGAGCUGUUUCGCCGCGGUGUUCUUGUGCUAGAAAAGCCAUUCGGAACCCCCAUUGAUGUAGUCGGGUUUUCUGCUGCUGGGGGCCAGGUGACGGAAAGCUAAGGUAUAUGUCAAUAGGGGUCGUAUUGAGAGUGCCGGGCUGCUAGGGAGAGUGUAGGUAGGUAAGUAGUAGGUGUAUAUAAUCAUAGUUUAGGGUGCGAAGGAACGAUCCGUAACUAGUGUUGCGUUGUAGCGGAAGGUGCCUUAACGAUUUGCACGCUGCUUUAAUGUCACUGUUGUAUGGUUGCUUAUAUUCCGUGUGAAAUGGAAGCGCUUCUUGCGAAAAUUGAGCAAGUAUUAUUCGAGUUUUUUUUUCAAGCUGCAAAGACCGAAACGGCCGGCGUUUUGUAGCUAUAUGACAUCUAAAAUUGAAUGAAAUGAAUAUGGUCGAAUAAAGUGCGAUUGAUGAAAUAAAUGUUGAUGCGAAC